AUCAACUAUUUUUUGCAGUUAGAUGGACUUCUUUGAGAGGCAUGCUCCAGGAAUCCUGCGCCGGGACCUAUUGGUUGGGGACAGAAGACAUCUGAGCUUCUUCACCGAGAGGCAGCUGGAUCUUCUGGCUGAAGCAAAGACCUGGUGUAUGGACGGCACCUUCCGCUGUGUGAACCACCCCUGGAAGCAGAUGUUUUCCAUCCACGGAUUUGUAAAGUCUGGGCAGCACAUUAAGCAGGGAUUUGUUGCAGAUUUUGAAGCAGCACUGUGGAAGGCCUUAAAGGACCGGUUCCCUGGAACACCCAUCCAAGGCUGUGUGUUCCACUGGACACAGGCAGUAUUUAGGAAAGUCCAGGAUCACGGACGUCAGGUACAAUAUGUUAGCAAUUGGUUUUUAGCAAUUUGGUAUGGCAAUGCUGUUGUCCAUGGAUGUCUACAGGACGUGGAUUCAUUCUUCAAGAUCCAUCACUGGAGUGUGUUCAUGACGUCCAUCCGGGCGAACAAUGAUGUGGAGGGAUGGUACAACCGCCUUAACACCAGUGUUGCCACCAAGGGAUCGGUUCCCUUUUACCAUCUUCUUGUUCUGCAUCGGGAAGCGACCAACAUCACAGUGCAGAUGAAGAUGGUAUCUGAAAGUGCAGAUGAAGAUGGUAACUGACGGGAAUAUGCAGAGAUUCCAAAGGAAGAGGACAUCACAGGUAGAAGGUCCUGUCUUCAAACUGUGGAACAACUACUGUGAAAGAUCGAUCACUGCGAGUGAACUGUUAAAGGGCUGUGCUUCUAUUUAUGGACCACCAGCUUUGAAUAUGUGAUUCGUUCAGAUAUCGUGAUACCGACAGCUGUGCCCCUUUGUGAAAUGUACAUCUUGUAAUGUAAAAAUGUCUUUAACUUAUUAAGUAUGUUUG